ACAAACAACAACUCCUCUUUCUUGCUUUCCGUUCUUUCUCCAUUUUUCCCCCUCUUCGCUUUGUUCAUCUCGUCAAGCCAUCUCUCUCUUCUCCUCGUCUCAUCUCUCUCUCUAGAGCUCUCUCUGUUCCGAUCGGAGGCGAUCUCGGGGCCGCGUCAAUGGCGUCGAAGCGGAUCCUGAAGGAGCUCAAAGAUCUCCAGAAGGACCCUCCCACCUCUUGCAGCGCCGGGCCCGUGGCCGAAGACAUGUUUCAUUGGCAAGCAACAAUAAUGGGCCCGCCUGACAGUCCUUAUGCAGGAGGAGUGUUCCUAGUUACCAUUCAUUUUCCACCAGAUUACCCAUUCAAACCUCCUAAGGUCGCUUUUAGGACCAAGGUUUUCCACCCAAAUAUCAACAGCAAUGGCAGUAUUUGUCUCGACAUUUUAAAGGAGCAGUGGAGCCCAGCCCUAACCAUAUCGAAGGUCCUGCUUUCAAUAUGCUCACUGUUGACGGACCCAAACCCAGACGAUCCCCUUGUACCAGAAAUAGCCCACAUGUACAAGACCGACAGAGCCAAGUACGAGGCAACUGCCCGGAGCUGGACCCAGAAGUAUGCCAUGGGCUAGUUGGAUUGGUUUCUGGCAAGGGUUCUCUUAGGAAGCUGUCGUCGAUUGCUUCUUUGUAUAAAUGAAGUGUGAUAUCUUCACUAUAUUCAGGAUUUGAAAUAUAGACAUUCAAGUUGACGGCCCCCUCUCUUCAUUUCAAACCAUCUUUUAACAUUUCCUAUCCCCGAACCUCGGAAAAUCUGUAAUGUUGUUUAAGUUUGCUACUGCCAAGGGAGCGUGUUUCCUAAUGUUGAAUUGACUCGCCUCUUUCUGCCAAUUAAGUUAAAGUUCUGGUCUGUGCA